GAACUCUGAAACUGUUUAGUAUGAGAAUUUGUUGGAAUUUGUAAGCUGCGCUUAUCUGGACUAUGCAUCUCUGGUCUCCAGUGUGGACUUCGUGUGAUCUCUCAUUGUGUGUGUGUGCUCAAGGUGUCGAGCAGUGAGGCUCAAUGCACUAAACAGAACAUGAGUUCGAAUCUUGAUGGAAUCAGAAGAACACAAUGCCUUUUUCUGAAAAAAAGGGUUGCCAGAUGCUCAACAAACAUUGUGGCAUGCCACAAGCAGCAAGUGUGACAUCACAGUGCAAGCAUCACAGAAUGAUUAUUUUGGGCGAGUCGUCUCUUGGUGGCAUGCUGCACACAUGACAUUUCUGGAGGGAGGCGUUUUUGGCUGGCACGGCAGGAAAAAGAGGGGUAGCUCUGCCGGAUAGACGAGGGGGGCAGUAAUGGCUGCACCUGCUUCUCUUCGUCUGCGGCUUUUGAGACCCGACAAAUAUGGGCCUCGGUCAAUCCCUCUGCUGCGGGAGAGCACGCUGAUUGGUCGUGAUGUGUCGGCGGAUGUGACAGUUGAUAGUGUUGUUCAACCGGGAUGUAUAAGCCGCCGCCAUGUUGAAAUUGUGCGCGUGUCUCGUGAAGAUGGAGCUGUGCUUAAGGUUGUUGACCUUGGUGGGAGAAACGGGGUAUUUGUAUGUGACGGGAGAACUUCUGCCAAGGGGCAGGGCGAUGCUGGUGGCACAGCCCAGGUCGACGGAGAGCGGGGGGGGGGAAGGGCAGUCUUGGUGGAAGGAGGGAGUGGAUUGCCAUCGGAGUCUGGGGGCAAGCCAAAAUUCAGGCGUGUUCGAGGAGAAACCUAUUUGCAUGUCGGUGCACAGAUCAAGAUUGUCGAAUACUGCUGGGUACUUGAGAUUGCCAGUGAUGGGAAUUCCCCUGUCCAGCUGGAGACGGAGAAGAUUGAGGACGGUUGGAAAAUGUUGGGAGAAAUUCGGCUGAACGAUGAUGGACAAAGGUCUUCGGCAGUUGAUGACUUGGGUGAGAGACACGACGCUGGUAAAAAGCUGCAACGUGGAUGUGCUGAUUCUCGAUGUGUGGAUGAGGACGUUGGCGAAGCUGCGGAUUGCAACUUGGAAUUGGAGAAGGCCGUGCAGGUUUUUGAAAAGGUUCUGUUGAAAAGACUCAAUGAAGGGCUGGACAGCCCUGGUAGGGCUCAUUCGGGGUUGCCAAAUGAACGGCGCACGGUUCAGGAGGUGGGGGUAACAAAAAUUAAAGAGGUGGAUGGUUCAACUAUUGAGAGAGUAAUCAGAGUUGUGGAGAAGUUGCGCAGCUGCAUGGAAAUUGAUGAUGGGUUCGGAGGUAAGCACUUGGGGAGGAAUUCUGACUCAUUCUGUGAUGCAGAGAGGGAUGCACUCGCAAGCAAGGAUAAUGUCAGAGGCACUUCUCACGAUGCAUUAUCAUUGUCCUGUGAGGUGGGGGCUGGAGAAAACGUCCCUCGAAGCGGUGCAAAGAUUGUAUCGGCCGAGAAUGGAGUGGAGGGUCAGGGAAAAUCACAAGGGAAGCAUGGUGCUAUUGGUGGGGGUGAUUCACUUCAGCCAUGCCAUAACACUGGUCGCGAUCCGGAGAAGUCUGUUAAUGAGCACUCAAACGAGCAGGCGGCGAAGAUGAAGAGGUUGGAGGAGGAGAUGAAGAGAGUACAACAAGAGGAGGAAGAAAGAAGAAAAGUUGCUGAAGCAGAAGCGACAGCAGAAGAAGAGAAAGAGAGAAUGAGAAUUGAGAGUGGAGAAGGGAGCAGUGGUGGCACGAUGAAGUGGGAGACAAAUACUGAGCUGGAGAAGAAGAUCAGCGAGUGGGUCGCUAAUUUAUCGUUGGGGGAAGACGAGGAGGCGGAGUCAUAUGUGACUAAGGAUGAGAAGGCUGCGCUGGCCGCWGAGCUAGCAGCCAUGACGGACCCAAUGGAACGAAGAGAGAGGGAAGAUGAGCAAAAGUUAGCAUGGAAGCUGAGAAUGAAGAGGGAGAAGAAGAGGAGGAGAGAGGAAGUGAAUAAGAUAACAGCAGCAGUGGCAAAGGUGCAGGAGUGUAGAGCGGAGGUGCUGGCCCAGCCAGAUGAUAAGGCCAAAUGGGACAAGGUACUGGGCUACCUAGAAGUGUUGAGCAAGGCCUGGAUGGAGGAGCGCCAGGCAAGCUGGAGCCAAGAUGUAGCGUUGAGUGCCAUGCGGUCUGGUUUCAGGGAUUUUGCGAGCGAAAUCGUCACCCACAUUGGGGGCGAAGUCAAGCAGUUGAGGGACAAUGUAGGGAAGUUUUGUGAGGGCGCCAUUCAGGGUGCCAAAACUGCAGCCGCUGUGGAAGGAGAGGCCAGACCCCUAGUCUAUCUAGAUGAUAUUCUCGUUUUUAGUAAGAACCUCCAAGAGCACCAGGGUCAUCUGAGGCAGGUCUUGGAGAAGCUACGAGAGGCUAACCCCAAGAUCAACGCAAAGAAGUGUGAGUGGGCCAAGACACAAGUUUUGUACUUGGGCCACGUGUUGGCUGGAGAUGGCAUUAAGCCAGAGGAUAGCAAGAUAGCGGCGAUUAGAGACUGGCCGACGCCCCGCACAUUGACAGAGUUGCGGUCGUUCCUAGGCUUAGCUAACUACUACAGGAAGUUCGUGAGGAACUUCUCCACUAUCGCUGCCCCCUUGGGCAGACUGCUAAAGAAAGAGGCAAUCUGGCAAUGGGACAAAGACUGUACGUCUGCGCUCAAGAAGUUAAAGCGCACGUUAAUAGAAUAUCCUGUCCUCAAAGUAGCAGAUCCGUCCUUGCCAUUUGUCGUUACCACGGACGGAAGUCAGUAUGGGAUAGGCGCCGUGUUGCAGCAAGACGACGACAAUGGCUAUAGACCCGUAGAGUUCAUGUCAGCGAGGAUGCCCUGUGAGAAGGUUGCUACCUCCACGUACGAGAGGGAACUCUACGCUCUCAGGCAGGCUUUAGACCAUUGGAAGCACUAUCUGCUUGGGAGGCACUUCAAAGUGUAUUCUGACCAUGAGACACUUCAUUGGCUAAAGACACAGGCCAAAAUUACACCUAAGUUGACUAGGUGGGCCGCAGAGAUAGACCAAUUCGACUUUGAGCUCAAGCCAGUAAAGGGCAAAUACAACGUAGUUGCGGAUGCUCUGAGUAGGAGAUCAGACUACUUUGGAGCCGUAGUACACUAUCUGGAUAUAGGGAGAGACCUGCAGGAGAAAGUGAAGCAAGCAUAUGCGCAGGACCCUAUCUAUAGUGACCUCCUAAAGAGAGUUAGAGAGGCCCCAGAGACUGAACCAGAUUACCGCACUACAGACGGGUUGCUGUUUGAGAAGACUAAUGUGUUUGACCGCCUGUGCGUCCCCAAUAGCGAAGAGAUCCGCAGUUUGAUUUUAGGGGAAUGCCACGAUACUGAAGGGCAUUUCGGUUGGCAAAAGACAUUAGCCAACCUGAUGCGUGCGUAUACCUGGMCAGGGAUGAAGAMYGACUGCWYAGAGUAUGUCCGCAGUUGUAAAGUGUGCCAGAGGAAUAAGUCUACUACACGCGCGCCCCUAGGUCUUCUCAGACCCUUGCCUAUUCCAGAUCAGCCGGGAGACUCAGUGUCCAUAGACUUCAUGGACACGCAAGUCAAGAGCAGACAUGGUAAGAGCCAAGUCAUGGUCAUAGUCGACCGUUUUAGUAAGUAUGCAGUUUUUGUUCCUUUGCCUGCAGAGGCACGUACAGAUUUAGUAAUAGAGAAGUUCUUUGACUUUUGGGUUAGUGAGAAUGGAAUCCCAUUGUCAAUAGUUAGUGAUAGAGAUACUCGUUUCACCAGCCAGAACUGGCAAGAACUCAUGAGAGUCUACGGAUCUAAGUUGUUAAUGCCGUCCGGCCGUCACCCAGAAACUAACGGUCAGACAGAACAGAUGAACAAGAUCCUACAGCAAGUUCUGCGCAUGUACAUUAGACCAGAUCAGAUUAACUGGGAUGAGAUGUUGCCUAAGGUAGCUAGUGCAUACAACAACAGCGUGCAUCUAUCCACCUGCCGCACUCCCAAUGAGUUGCACAAGUCCUUUAGACCGCGCAGACCGUUCGAAGGACUGAACCGGGAUCAGAUUCACAGAUUACCGCCCGGUACCAGGGAAUUUGCGAUACAGCACGAAAAGGAGCUAGCCACUGUUGUAGAGAACCUUCGGAAGGCCCAGCACAGAAUGAUAGAGCAGGCUAACAAGCACCGUCGCCCAUCACAGUUUCAAGUAGGCGACUUAGUCUGGGUCAAAGCAAAAGAGUUUGCACCGGAAGAAAACAUCUCGCAGAAGUUACUGCCUGCAUAUAGAGGACCGUGGCCGGUUCUAGAAGUCAAGGGCGGAGAGGAUGGACCGUCCUACAGCAUUGAGAUUCCAGCACACCUCCACACAUACCCUGUGUUUCAUGCUUCAAAGCUGCUGCCGUGUGUCACAAGUCAACAGUUCCCUUCCAGGAGAUCCAUGAUCCCACCGGAUAUGGAUGGAAGCUAUGACAUAGAGGGCAUUGUAGAUGAGGAUGUGUUUAGGACAGGAGGUAGAGGUCGUCCCCAGAAACAAUAUAAAGUCCGGUUUGCCUAUCAGGAACCAGAAGACGACCGCUGGUUCACGAAAGCAGAACUUCUAGAGACUGCUCCCGACAUAGUCAGAGCCUAUGAGCGUGACAAGAAAGGUAAAGGAACCGGAAGACGACCGCUGGGUGCAAGCACGGAGAGGGAAAUAGAGCAACACGGCGCCGCCUGGACAGGGGACCCUGGCAAAUCACAUGGACAUGAUGUACUCUUAUCUGGCACCAAGCGAAGCCAUCCACCUGAGUGCCUGACCGACGAAGACACAGCGCAAAGACCUGCGAAAAGGGGAAAGAGAGAAGGUGCUCUAUGUCCUCGUCAGAAUGAUGCGCCUACUGCCCUGUCCGGUUAUACUGCAGCACGUGUGGCAGAAAAGGUAUCAGCCAGUAAGGAAAGCUUAAUGAUAGACUGGGUGCCACCUCUGUGUCCCAAGGAGGAAAAUGAUCCAGGUGCCAAUGAUAAUCAGCUUGGCGGCCGGGGCGGAAUGCAGCUCUCGACUAUGGCUGGUGCUGGAGGAACAGAAGCCCACACGCAAUGUACACCUUUGAGGAGGCUUUGUGUCCCAUCUGGGCCCAGCUAUGCGGAGGCCCGUGGUCAGGUAAAAGCAACAGAAGGUUUUUCAAUCCCUCCUCACGCAGAGGCUGCUGUACAUCUGCAGUCCAAUGAACGACAGCAGCAAGGUAAUGGUGGUGAUAGCAUGCAUCCCAAGACAGCGCUGUUGCCAAACCAGAACCCAUUGAACUUCCGUCAUCAGUCUCAUGGGAAGUGGCCAGUAGGUUCUACGUCAGGAAUGGUGCAAUCUGGUUCUGGACAGAUCCCGGCAGGCGGCGCAAUAAAUCCUUGUCUCCUUCGACCUUCCCUUGCUGCCACUUUCGACCAUUUGUCGUCCGUGUUUGUUCCAGCAAACGGCGCUUCCUCAGCUGUGGGCGAUAACAGAGCAAUGCAGUCGGGUGAUUCAGCCUAUGUUGCUGUGUCAACUAGGCCGGCUGCUGCAGACCACCAGGUUGGUCCAUCUCAGCCAAAGACAAGGGGGGUUAAACCAAAGGGAGCUGGAGCCAGGGCUGCCCCAAAKAAGCCCAGGUCGCAGGUGCCGCCUCGCAGGAGCCGAAAGUUAGAAGCAGCCACUGCGCCGAAGGUCUCGGACCAACCAGAUACUGUGAACAAUAGCAGCAUUGGUGGCGAAGCAGUAGCUUGUUAUGCUGAUGGCUCGGUGGUUGCAGCUGCGGGUUCAUUGAAGCAACCAGAGGACCGUGGUGCUGCUGCCAAUAACAACUCCACCAAGGCAGAGAAGAAGCAGGGAAUGAAGGAGGCGAAGAGUCCAGCUGCAAGGCGCCCACGAUCACAGAUAAACAGGCGAAACAAGAAAGAGGAAGUUACUGCAGAUGGGACUGUGGAAAGUGAUAAUGCUCCCGAGGACAUCAAGCAGAAGAUUGUUGGAGCCGCAACUGGGGCCUCGUUGACAUACAGCUCAUCAAUGCCAAGUCCAUCGUUGGCUGGGCCCCAAAAGACCCAUCUUUCAGCACCAGAUCUGGUCAGGACAUCAUUGUCAAAGCAGGAGGCUCUUGACAGGGCAAGAGGCAAUCCAUCGAAGUCGCGCGCCCAGAAAGGAGCGCAGUCCGCAAACGCUCGUUCAGCAACACCUGGAUUGGCAAUUGCCACUCUCGACGCAGGUAGCGGUCUGCUCCUGCCAGCGCAUGCUGUUGGGCAAGGGGGCACCUCCUUGGAAGUGGCAAAGGCACAAGAUCUGAACAAGGCAGCUGCGCUUGAUGCCGCUCUCAAACAAGGACAGGUGAAAACUCCGAACAAGAAGCAGAAUGAGCCAAAGCCUGGUGUCGGCAGAGGGUCCGGUAAGAGAGGUGGAGGGAAGGCGCAAGCCAGAGCAUCACCACACCACCCUGCAGUUACACCUGUCGGGCAGGAGGACAGGGCGCGUGAGAAUCCAUUAUCUGGGGAGAAUCAACAGUGCGCGAGAACAGGAAACGUGGGCGACAUGCUGAGCAUGCAGACGGAAUUGCAAACGGACUGUUUGCAGGGCGGGCCUCCUGGCAGCAACUCUCAAUCUGGGGUAUGUAAGGAAAACAUGGUUUCGCCAACCGGAAAUCGAGGUAGGGGAAGAGGGAGAGGGAUGGGUAGAGGGCGUGGCAGGAUGAGAGGGGCGGUGUCUGAUAGCACAGGGCUUGUUAGCCUUCAUGGUGUCCAGCCAGUGGGUCCAUCUGCUCUACAGCAGUCUGGCCAACAACUAUGGGCAUGUAAUGGACGACAAGAGGUCCCAAGGGUCGAGACAGGAACUGGCCGAGGUGGGAAAGGAGCUGUGAAUCCCUUGCGGAGGCAGGCACGGAAAAGGAGCCAGCAAGACACAGCUUGUUCUGAUCCGUGUUCGAAUGGUGACAGUCAAAUCGGUAAGCAGGCAGAGCUGGCGGGUUCAAGUAAACCUGCUGCCACUGGCGUGAUUGGUUCCGUAGCACCUGCCAAAAAUGAUUCUGGGCAUGAGAAAGCAGAUGUAGGGAUUUUCUCUCCUCCUGGCAACCUUGUCGAAACGUCUACGCACAGCAGCGCAAGGACUGUGAUCUCUGCCGCCCCUAUGAGUGCUGCUGUGUUGGCUGAAAAUGCGGUGCUGAACAGGGCAGCAGAGCAACUCGAUCCCAGUCCUCAGAAAUUUUUCCUGGGAAACCUCAGAGGGCAGAAGCGGGUUGGCGCUCCAAGUGGACCGUGCAAUGGUGCUCCUACUGAUGGGUUGCUUAAUACUGGCAACGAUAACAACCCGAGCUUUCGUAUGGGAGUGCCGCCUUCUCCUUGUGCUCUUGCACAGACGUCACAUGCGGCUCAAAACCUGAUCUGCGACGGCACGCCAUGCUUGCCAAGUACCCCUCUUGUGCAUAAACCAUGAAGAUAAGCACUGUAGAAAGUUCAGCAGUCGCUCUCUUACAGCGGAGCGCUUGUCAGAGUUGCAGGCAUCCUUCUUUUACGUUGCCCCCCCCCCCCCCCCCYCCCYGGGGGRGUUGUUUUUUGGGAGUGUGCAAGCUGGUCAGGAUGGGGUUGAGUUCAAACUCUUCAGAGCCUCAGUUUAUAACCUUAGUUGGCCUGAUGGUUUCCUCAGUUCUGGUUUAUGUGUUUGCACGUUGGCGGCAGAACACUGGCUUCGCUGGCAUACUUGAAAAUUCUUAAUCUCAGUUUGUGGAAACGAAGAUGUACCCGCAAGUUUCGACUUUUCAGAGCGCUUGUCAGAACUGCAGGCAUCCUUCUUUUACCCCUCCCCUUGGGGAGUUGUCUUUUUGGGUUUUGGGAGUGUGCAAGCUGGUCAGGAUGGGGUUGGGUUUCAGACUCUUCAGAGCCUCAGUUUAUAACCUGAGUUGGCCUGAUGGUUUCCUCAGUUCUGGUUUAUGCGUUUGCACGUCGGCGGCAGAACACUGGCAAAUUUUGACUUUUCAGAGAGAGAAUGGAGGCUAGGCAGGUGAAGAAGGUGGUCAAACUAAUGCUUUGGGAGUUAUGAUGGGCUGUGACUAUGCCAAUACAUCUCCCAGGAUGUAAAGCAGCCUCAGCGAAUCUCUGGUUGAAGGUUAUGGGAGCGUUGAAGGGUGUUCGGUGUUCGGUGUUCGGUGUUGACCAAGUCUCGGCAGGCGAAGAACAUCGUGAAAUGGAUCAUGCUAAGGCUUUGCGAACAUCCUUUUAAAAUUGGAACGACGCAGAGAAGAUUAGCAUGACCCCUGCACAAGGAUGAUGACGAAAGAGAAAGUCCAAGGCUUGGGGAAUUGUGAAUGGUGGCGAUUGUCGCUGUGUACCACCAGGGAUGUAAAGCAUCCUGCAAGUUUGUGCAGUUCUGAAGAGUGUGUUCAUGUCUCAGCAGGUGAAGAAUAACAGGAUGAGACUAAGGUCCUCGCUCCACUACUCGACACAUAUGCAUGAAAGAUAAAAAAUAUGGUGAUGUAUCUUUCCAUGUUCUAGCGGAAGAUUUCAUUCUCAUUUUGCACAUGUUGUGAGGUAGCGGAGCGAGGUCCUAAGGCUGAGCGCCGCCAGGCAUGUAGAGCAGCCUGCAAAUCUGUGCAGUUUUUUUAAUAGUGUACAUGAUAACAGAAGGGAAGCAUGUCUAUCGACCUUGAUGCCCUGGCUUAUGGGCACUUGGAGAGAAUUUAUGUUAUGUCUGGUUGGGAAAUGAUGUCCACUAGAGAUGUUUUUUGCUAAGAUGGGAUUAGUGUCUGAUGAUCUGUGAAGAGUGUUCACAGUCAUUGCGAUGCGUUGUGUUGUCCGCUUAGAGGAUGUAUAUCCAGAGGCGUUUGUGUGUGAAAAUACUAUGUGCCACAGUGGGGUGAAGUGAGAAACAAAAUUGACAGAGUGGG